GAUAAAUCCUGUUUCAAUGCGUUCUUUAACUUUGAGGAUAUGCAGGAGAUCACUCAGCACUUUGCUGUGUGUCACGUGGAUGCCCCAGGCCAGCAGGAAGGCGCGCCCUCUUUCCCAACAGGGUACCAGUACCCCACAAUGGAUGAGCUGGCUGAAAUGCUGCCUCCUGUUCUUACCCACUUGAGUCUGAAAAGCAUCAUUGGAGUUGGAGUUGGAGCAGGAGCUUACAUCCUCAGCAAAUUUGCACUCAAUCAUCCGGAGCUUGUGGAAGGCCUUCUGCUUAUUAAUGUUGACCCUUGUGCUAAAGGUUGGAUUGACUGGGCAGCUUCCAAACUCUCAGGCUUGACAACCAAUGUUGUGGACAUUAUUUUGGCUCACCACUUUGGGCAGGAAGAGCUGCAGGCCAACCUGGACCUGAUUCAAACCUACAGACUACAUAUUGCCCAAGAUAUCAACCAAGAAAACCUACAGCUCUUCCUGGGUUCCUAUAAUGGACGCAGAGACCUGGAGAUUGAAAGACCCGUGCUGGGCCAAAAUGAUAAUAGAUCAAAGACAUUAAAGUGUUCUACUUUGUUGGUGGUAGGAGACAAUUCACCUGCGGUUGAAGCUGUGGUUGAAUGCAAUUCUCGCCUGAAUCCUAUAAAUACAACUUUGCUAAAGAUGGCAGACUGUGGUGGACUGCCCCAAGUAGUUCAGCCCGGGAAGCUUACUGAGGCCUUCAAGUACUUUUUGCAGGGGAUGGGCUACAUACCAUCUGCCAGCAUGACUCGGCUCGCCCGAUCACGAACCCACUCAACCUCAAGUAGCAUCGGCUCUGGAGAAAGUACCUUCAGCCGAUCUGUCACCAGCAAUCAGUCAGAUGGAACUCAAGAAUCCUCUGAGUCCCCUGAUGUUCUGGACAGACACCAGACCAUGGAGGUGUCCUGCUAAGCAAAUGUUCUUCCCCUGGACCAUGCAAGUCCAUCCUCCUUCAAACGACCACUCCAUAAUAUAACAUUUCAUCCAGCAAACUGGCAUCUAUCUUUUAACUCCUGCAUGGUCACUGACUCUCUCUCUGGUAUCCUGGAUUUGUCAUUCUAUCUGCCUGCCCACCCUCUUUUUUUGUAUGUACCAAGAACCACUUCCAUGUCAUUACUGUAACAUUCCAGCAUCUUUGAUCAAACCUCCAUAUCUUCUCUUGCCAGCUUUCCCGUGCUUUCCCAACUAUGUAUCUGAUAAGAUUCUUUGAUCUUGACGUAUGUGUGUGAGCACGUGUGUCUGUGUUUGUGUGUGCUUAGUUCUGUGAUUUUAGACAUGCUUUCUUGUAGAGCUUCUGCAAAAAACAAAGGGAUUUUUUUUUUUCAUUUUCAAAGGUUUUUUAGGGGAAAUAUGCAGAACAGAUUUGUAGGUUGAAUAGGCCACUGCAUUCUCUUUUGGUUCCUGAUUGGUCAACAAGAUUUCCAUAGUGACUUCAGGAGAGUAGCUCUGAGGAAUGUGAAAGAUCACAAUUACUGUUUGGACUGUUGAUUGAUUGUGACCAAUAGAACGGAGCCUGUCACAUAAAGAGGCAGACAGGGUGGCCAGCCACUUCCUUCUGUCCAAGUGAAUUCACAAAUACUGUCCUAUAAGUAAGAGGAAGGGGCAUAUUUUAGUAGAAGCCCAUGAAUGAUCAGGUUCUGAUGCAACAAGGAGUUUUUCCCAAGCAGUGAAUGUGGCUUAAUUACUGGGCUGUCUUAGCACAGGAAGGUGGAAAACAAAAUGUCAGGCUUCUGCUCUGCAGGAGCAAGGCUGCUGUCGCAGCGGUGUCUGACGCCACUUAGCAGGCAGCUGCAAGAAGUGCCUCCCAGGUCUGUGAUGGAGAGCGUUUUUCCAUCCUGCAAUCUCAGAAAAGGGAGAAGUAUGACUUAAAAGUUAUAUAGAUGGUGAGGAAAUGGCUGAGGGGAGAAGACAUUAACAGAAUAUUAUGUUUAACAUACAUAGCCUAGAUUUCAUCAGACUUAAAGGAAGCUAAACAAAACUGAUAUGAAGCCCAUUUCUUAGAUUGUUAAUCCUGUGAACUCUCUUCUGUAGGAGGGAAGGGGCCAGUCUUCAAGGGCAGCCUGGUCAGGGAAAAUUGUGCUUAGUUUACUGCUAUGUGAGGGGAUCACAGCCAGAGAGUAUCGCUGCAGGGAGCUGAAACCAACUGCCACUCAGCGAGGGCCCAGCUCUUCAAGGCAUCGAGAUGUAAGCUCAGGUAAUACAGUUCCAACUCUGAGGAAGGAGCUUUUCAGAUAUAGUGUUUGCUUUCUGCUGAGAUAGGGAAUGCAUCACUCUGCCAGAAUACAACUUUUUACAGAUUAUUAAAUAAAGCUGUAUAUGUCUCAUUGUUA